AUGUCAUUCUAUUCCAGAAUUGAUCCCCCUUCCGCUUUCUCUUCCUGUUGCAUGAUUAAUCUAAGCAUUAUUAUUGACGCUAAUUACGUUGGUAGGAGUUCAUUUGUUGAAAAUAAAAGAUCAUUUACAUUAGCGAAGCAUUAUCGUACUGCUGAUGCAUGUUUCAUGGAUCGCAUUGAACAACAG